GGACGACGCAUUCUCAGCAAGAUAUUUUAAUAUGCUGUGGAUGGCAGCAGCGCUGAGCAAUACUCUGGUUAAAAGUGACUUUAAAAUCAAUGGCAUUUCGUACGAUGAAAACUACAAAGAUUUGUUCAUACGAAAAGUCGAAGAAGUAAUCGUCCGAGCGUACAAUCAACAUCAGUCAGCGGUAUUGUUCGAAGAUGCCUACUGUUUUAUCGAAAAAUUUCCCCCGAACGAUGUCCUAUCGGUAUUGGACAAUACAUUUGGCGACGAAUUUAUGACGGCAUUAUAUUUCAAAGCAAUCGACAGUGGAAAUCCCGUGAAGGUAGAACAAUUACAAAAUAGUACAGCCAUCAAUACAACGACGACAAAAAUAAGAACACCAAAUGAACCAGAUACAAUGUCGAGUCAAUCAAAAGCGAUCAGUGCUAUUUAUUCUCCCAACGAAACGACUGCUAUCGAUAUGUGUCUUGAGAAUGACACAAACAAUGCCAACAAAUGAGUGGAUAAAUGUCAAAAGGAGAAAGCGUAAAUUUGACCAACAUUUGGCAUUGAAACCCAUUACAAAGUCAACAACUAUUGAACUAUCAUGGCUUAAUCCAAGACUAUCAAUUGAUUUAAAGAAGCCAAACAGUACCGAUGUGAAACCCAUUCAGCCGAUUUUUGACGGUGCGAAACCAAUUGGACCGAACGAUAAUAUGCCCAGAUCUCCUGCGGUCAGCCAUGAAAUCACACACCUUGCCGAGAAACAAAAAUGCAACAGUCCGCCGAUAACUUACAAGGGUUAUGAUUCAAGAGAUACAAAGGACGUUCAGCAAAACUUCGAAAAAGUACAAUUCGAAUGUUACAUAUGCAAAACUAAUAUACCUAGAAGAUCACAAAUAAUACAUCAUAUGCGUAAACACAAAAUAUAAACCAUUUCUCUCAUUGUCCCGAUACAUUCGAUGCAUCAACAUUGUAAUCAUAGCAAAACCCAAACACUUUUGACGACGGGCAGCUAUUUACUAUCGAACAAUGUUUAGAGAUAAUUUAAACGUAACCAGAUAACAUCACGUUCAUAUUUUUUAUUUAUCUGAAUUGAAAAAUUGUAUGAAACAAAAGAAAUUCUAUUGAAAGUGAUGACGCAUUUUUGUCAAAAUGAA